AUGUUUUCGUCUUUACUAUCAACAUUGUCACCAAAGAAACUACUGGCAGCCUCAAUUUCCAAGUCACUGGCCGAGUUUUUUCAUGUAGACCCAGAACAGGUGGAAACCAAUCUUGUUCAAGAUGCCAGGGUCACGCUCAAGGGAAUCAAAAUCAAACAAAGGCGCCAGGGUCGGCUUUUGGUUUUUGGAUCCGUUGGUCAGAUUGAAUUCUCUUGGGCUUGGGAUACUGGGUCGUUCAUAACGGAUACCAAACUGACCGUCAAAGGUGUGGACAUUCACGUACGCCUUAUCAACGACAAUGACCAAGUUGAUAAUAAUCCAAAUGGAGCAAGUCCGUCAACAGAAUCAUCAUUGGAAUCGAGCAGUCAAGCCACUCUCGGAGCUGAGAAUGGAAAAGACACGGAGUGGAAAGCGAGAUACAAACAACAAAUUAUUGAUCACAUGACAUUGCUGAUUACGGAUGUGUCAAUAUCCAUCCAGGCGAUGGACGAGUCGUCCCAGGUUGUUCUGCAAGCAAAAAGUAUGGAGCUGCAGACCUUACACCAAGUAGGCGACGGAAAAGACGGAUCGUCUGCGCUUUUGCAAGAAAUAUGUUUGGGCUCCAUCGCCGCUUGGAUACACAAUGAUGCUAGUACUCGGCAUUCUAUUCUCGACCCAGUCGGUUAUCGUGCCAGUGUUCAGAGAAUCUCAGGACGGCGAUUUCUUGAUGGUGUCCUAUCAGGUCUGAUGGUGCAAGGAAAUCCCAGGGAAAAUAUUGACGAAACUCAUGCAGCAUCUACAAUUCGCGUGCACGCUGGCAAGCACCAGUUGGUUGGCUUGAAGUGCCUCCAAAAUGUCUUGCAGAAUGUUGGAAAUGACACUCGUUCAUCGCAAGGAGAGGAAAAGGAUUCUGUAAAAACGGAUUCAAAGGAACAAGAGUCUCAAGUUUCGUUGCUAAACAGCACUGCGGGUAGCAUAUUUCGGCUACCAAUACAAUCCAUUGAAAUCGUGUUGGAUGAUGAUUUGAAGCUUGGUUUGGAAGAAUGUGAAGUCAGAUAUUGUAUGGAUGGGACCGAACUUUCUUUACAUUGUAAUGGGGGGCUUUGGAUGGAUGGUUCUCCUAUUCUGAAGAGUAGCUGUGUGGUCGUUGAUUUUGCCAAUUUCAAGCUGGAGUUGGAUGCGUAUUCAAGUGAAGAAGGCAGCGAAGUAUUCUACAAUGCACCUAACAUCGUAUCGCCUACUGAUGCAGAAGGAGAGCUAGGACAGGUACGCAACGAUAAAGAGAAUGUGAAACUCAUGUUUUCCAUUGAACUAUUUCGACGACUGUACUGCAGUAUGUCUGCAAUCCUACCGGAAUGCCAAGAAGCCUUUGCAUUGAUAAAACAAACGAAGAAAUCGAAUCUUGAAUUCCGUACAGUUUUGUCAACUUCAACACCAUGGACUAUACUUGCCAAACAGCCGACUUCGUUUCAUUUUACAGGACACGACAAUAUGUGGAUUGAAGUAACUGGAAUCGGUCUCGUCAUUGAACAAAAGUACACCACCGAUAGCGACUUCCCAUUCACAAUUUCCUGCCGUUCAGCACGGCUUGAAUCUUGCAAUGGACUUUCGAUCACUGUCCCGAGCAUUGAGACCAGUGGCAACACCAUUGUCUUCUCUGACAGGGUUUCUGCUGCUUUCGAAUCUAUCGAUAGCCUCAUACCAUUGAAGGGUAUCUGGGAAGAUGUUUGUUGUAUCAUUGGAAGUCAACCGUCAAGUGAUAUAGCGUUCGACUAUACAAUUCCUUGUGUAGACGUAUCUUGCUCGGAAGCAAACUUUGGAAAUAUUGCUUUUGGUAAGCUGAGUGGAACUGGAUCGAUUGUAAGGUUAAAAUCACUGCGACUUCAAGAUAUAAAAGGUCUCUCUCUGGAAGCCAGGCAUCUUGAGCUAUCUUUGGAAAAUAGAGACAUCUGUCUACAAAUCAAGGAGAUUAUGACCUGUGGCUACGGCGGUAACCCUAUGAUAAGUGUACCAGUGCAGAACUUGGAGCUUAAACAUCAUCAAAAUUCACUUUCGAUCGCUUGUGACGACCUCGCAAUGAUUGUCCCUUAUCGACGGCACGAUGAUGAGCCAAAGACGACUAGCACCAUUGAGGCAGCAAUUUUUGAGUUGCGUCAGCUAGAGAGAUAUGCGAAAUCACUCCACCUUCAAGCCAAGAAGCUGAUACUUUCAACUGAUGCCGGUGAUGUACUGGCAACACAAAGCAUGAAUGUGUCCAUAGGACUAGGUGCUUCGUCGAACUUUGGUGUAACUAUGAGACGUGCCACUGUUCAGAAUAUCGAUAGGGAAGAGAUCACGUGCAGUGGAAUCAAAAUCACCGGAAACAUUGACUUCCCCGCACAAUGGUCGAGUUCCAUUCCCCGUUUGCCAGUCUGGAAGUACUUUUCAUCAGCAAAGCUGGCUGUUGAAAGCAUAGAUUCGUUGAUGUUGCAUGAUUUUGGGCGCUUACAUGCCCCAAUCGAGAACAUGAUUAUUCUGUUUGGCAACGAUUUGGCAACAGUGCGUUGCAAGUCAAUCAAAUUCUGCCCAAAAUUGAUGCCAAAGGGAUCUGGAGGUAUUCAACCCCCUUCAGCGGCUCUGAAUUGGCCAACUCUCAGAUUUGAAAUUGAACGGUUGAUGUUGAUGCCAGAGUUUCGACCUGGCAAACCUGGACUUUGCUUUGAUCGAUUGGGUCUUUUUUGUCGUCCACAAGGCUCUGCUUUGCUCGUCGUCAUGGAAUGCAGCUACCUUCAAGGUCGCGGCCCAAACUCGAUAGACUUCGCGAUCAAGCAAGUAAAGAUUUCUGCAAUGAAGGAAGGGGCAGGUGACUCGACUGGGAAAACGGAUCUCUUUGGGUUUCGAGAGGCAGAAGUUUCCGUUGGUGAGCUAUCCUCUUUCGCUGUUCCCGGCAAAUUCAGACUUGCUAAACCAAUUCCUAACUUCACGGCUCAGUUCAAGGAUGGCGAGGUUGAGUCAAAAGUUGUCGAAUUGCAUGUUAUCUGUGAAUUCGGAAGGAACAGCCAGAUGGCUAAUCUGUCGAUAGGAGCGCCUGACCUGACUACUAGUUUGCCUAUUGUUCGGGUGGUUGUGCAGAAAGGAGAUGUUGAAUGGAUUCCAGUGAAAGCUCCGGACGGCAGCCGAGCCUGCAUCUCUUUUGAAAACAGUGAAUUCAGAUUGUUUCAAGACUAUUCUGCUGGUAUUCGUUUCGAAGUAGGAAUUGAUUCUAUACAUGGUAAAAAAGCAGAUGGCUCAGCUGUAAUUGCCUCUCAAGGCCAGUGCGCAGUGGUGAUGCAACAAGGUUCGAAUGAGGUUGCAGUGCUGGAGACACUGUCGAUACCACUGAUAGGUUCACUCAAGUCAGUAAAGCUAAGCUUUUCCGAGGUCGAGGUAUUUCAUGUUCCAAAUUUCGUCAACCUUAAGAAUCCAAGUCGAAACAUCGAAGUAAAGUUUAGCAAAAAUAAACUUGUUGUCACUGCUCGAGACAUAAGUCUCCAACGAUUCGUUCAAGAUCCGAUCUACCAGAAGAAAGCGCAAGCUCCAUCCUUUGACUUCCCUUGCAACAUCAAUGUCUCGGUUGUCACCCUCUGCGUCGAGGAUAUCACACAGCUGAAAGUGACAAGCCGCAUAAUUCGUUGCAGUAACUUCUAUGUGGGAUUAGAACCGACACUCGCCAUGAUUGGAUCGGGGAUAGAGUCGCCAGGUGCGGGUGCCUUCUUCAGAUGCCAAUCAUUAGAAGUCAGAGACUCUUCUUCUAUUGUUAACAUCCCAGAGUUAUCUGGUUCUGGGUUGCUACAAUGCAAUAUGCCUGAUACAAUUGGUAACCUCGUGAUUGGACUUGAGAAAGCACAGUUAGAGGCAGAUUUCUCUUCAAUGGAGUGGUCUGGACCAGGACGGCGACAGAGCUUCAACAUGAAGCUUCCCUUUGCUGCUAUUCCAAAGUUUGUUCUUACAUUAAAAUGCGUUGGUACCCUGCUCAGCGUAGAGGACGCAACACUCGCCUGCGAGGCGUUCGAAGGGACUUCGAAAACGACUCUUGAUGCCUUGAAAGCUCAUUACGUUGGAAUCGCCCGACAUAGGAUACCGUAUAUUUUGGCUGCGAAGACAAGUAUCGCUGGUGCAAAUAUUGGAGAUAGCGUAGGAAUGAUGGCUGGAUCUAUUGUCACAAACACUUCUGUCGUUGGUGCGGCUGUUGGGGUUGCGUCCCGAGAUGCAGUUGGAUCAGCUAUUCGACAAGGGAAAGCUGCCCGUGGAGUUGAUGAGUCCGAAAAGUACAAGUUUGGUGACUUCACCAGAGGUGCGAUUGCUUCUGUAAAGGGCGCAGCCAAAAGCGGAGCGGCUAUGCGAAACGAUGAGCAAUAUCAGUUUGGUGACUUUACGGCAGGGACAAAGAAAUCAGCGAGCUCAUAUGCUUCGAAAAAUAGGAUGAGGCUGGCAGGUGCUGGUGGCUCUGCCGCUGGGAUGAUUGCUGGAGCGGCAAUUCUUGGACCAAUUGGAUUUGUGGCAGGUUCAUUCCUCGGAUCAUCGGCGGCGCAGUCUUCUGUCCGUUCUAUCACGGGAGACCACAACGACAAUGAGGAAACCCAAAGAGAGGAGCCAUCUGCUACUGGCUCAAACGUAGAACAUUGGUCUCUUGACAAUCGGAGAGACCAAACUUCUGCAAGCCAUGGUGGGGAUAGCUCUGGUCACCCGACUGCCCCAGUUGCUCUGAAUGCCGAGGCUCGAAUGGUUGGGGGCAUCGCAACGAGCGAGCAGAGAGGCGUCAUGGCUCAGGCGGAGCUCGUUGAUCUCUUGUCAUCCGAACUACCGGCAGUUCCAGUCAUAUUGCCUACGAGUGGAGCAACACCACAGUGCGCUCAAGCAACUAGACCUCAAACUUCUGCUAGCAAAACUACCAUGCCUGUUCCUCUUGGAAGACCAACCAGUGGCAAUAUGUCGGGAUAUUCGAGGUAUCAUGUUGCCGACACUCCAACGCCCAUGCAGGCUUCCUCCACAUCGAUGUCGCAGUACCCAGUCGCGCCUGUAACGCUUGUGGCAGCUGCUACAAACACCGUGCCUCGUGCGCAAGGCGGUAUUCCAAGACAACUCCAUGGAAACCAAAAUCAUUUUAACGAUGGUUAUCACGAAGAUAACGCGGCUCGUGCCCAAAAUCCUAGCUUACAAGGGAACAGUAUUGGUCAAAUGCGUUCACCUUCCACUACACAAAACAACUCAGCAGCUGGAAGCCAACAACAGCAAGGGUAUCGUUUUGGUGAUGUAACCAGAGGCAUUGUUGCAAGAGGAAGACAGCUGGAUGGAAGAGAAGAAAAUAGUGGGUACCAGUUUGGUGACUUCACAAGAGGACUUUUUCGGUAG